AUCCUGAAUCAGCCGGUUCUCUCCAUCAUCAUCUACUCGUUUCCCGGAUCCGAUCAACCUUCGAAGGAAAAACAGAGAUCCUAAUCCAGGCGAAGGAUACCGUUAUUCGGAUCACCGCACCGUGUAGCCUCGCAUCCAAACAAGGAGUUGCAAGCGCCAUGGCUUCGGGUUUCAGCGGCGACGAGACUGCUCCUUUCUUCGGUUUCCUUGGAGCAGCGGCCGCCCUCGUCUUCUCAUGCAUGGGUGCUGCAUAUGGGACAGCAAAGAGUGGGGUUGGGGUGGCAUCCAUGGGUGUGAUGAGGCCGGAGCUUGUCAUGAAGUCCAUAGUUCCAGUGGUUAUGGCUGGAGUUUUGGGGAUAUAUGGGUUAAUUAUAGCUGUUAUCAUCAGUACUGGAAUCAACCCGAAAGCCAAGUCAUACUAUCUCUUUGAUGGUUAUGCCCAUUUAUCAUCGGGUCUUGCUUGUGGACUCGCUGGCCUUUCUGCUGGGAUGGCCAUUGGGAUCGUCGGCGAUGCUGGUGUCAGGGCAAACGCUCAGCAACCGAAGCUCUUUGUGGGAAUGAUUCUUAUCCUGAUCUUUGCCGAAGCUCUUGCCCUCUACGGUCUCAUCGUCGGUAUCAUCCUCUCAUCCCGAGCUGGACAAUCCCGUGCCGACUGAUGAAUCAAAUCUAUUUGCUUAUUGUCGCAUUCCUGAUCAUCCAAGCAUUUGUUUUCCACCGGAAUUUGUUCAUGUUUUGGCGUACUCAUUGUAUUUUAUGUAUCUUUUACCCUUUUGGAGUUGAGGUUUGAUGAAUAAACAGAAAGAAACCAUUGUUAGAUUAAGGAUUCAGAUCUGAUCUUUUACCACCA